AUGCAGAACUUUUUCAGCCUCUUAUUCUUUGGAAUGCUAGUUACCCAAGAAUCUGGUUUUGGGUCUAGCAUCUUCUGGCAUGCCAACCCUGUCACCCUAUCAGUAGUUGCUUUGUUAUUUGUACGAAACUGGCAAAGUAAGACACCGUUUGUCACUGGUCUUAAUCUAGGAGGUAGUCUUACCAGAGCAUCUGCUACCACUUUUGGCAUGUUCUUUGUGGUAGCGGGUUGCAGCCAAGCUGCACAUAAACAUACUGGAGAUUUUAAUCUUCAGCUUGCUUUCCUGAUGAGUUGUUUGACCAACCACUACUGUACAGAAGAUCAGAAUGAUCCAUCAAAUAUACCAGGAAUUCUCUUUGUAUACAGUUCAUGGGAAAUUGAACGUUGCGGUCUGGAUGGGUUUCACGUCACUCUCGCAAAAUAUCUAGCUAAAAACACAUCCUGUAGGUACCGAGUUUACAGCACUGUACUUGAAGUAAACGAUGAACAGCGCAGCGAUGCGGAAAAUGGAAAUAUAUAUUUAAUUGAGCCAAGAAAGAAAAGGUUAAAAUCUUCCCCAAGUAUUGACUGGUUUGUUCUGCAUGAGUCUUUGUUUCCUAGUUUAAAGUAUCUUUAUAUAACUCAUGUGGUCGGAUAUUCACUCAAAACUGCUAUUGCUGCUGCAACCAUUCAAGAAGAAGUUUUCAGUGAUGCAAAAUUACUUUUGAUUAACCAUGUUUUGCCAUAUCCAGUGGAUGGGAUUGAUUCUGACACCCUUGAAGAUGAAAUAGAUGAAUUGGUGUACAAGGCUGCUGCAUUUAUAUCCAUUGGACCCACCCUGUAUAAUGAAUAUCAAAACAUAUUCAGGCUUCCCGAACUGCGUGAUAAGCCACAUGUGAAAUUACUGCCACUACCUUCAAACAUUUUCCUGGAAACCAAAGUGCCUGAACUAUUGUAUGACGAAAAACAGCCUUAUUAUAUCUCUACACAUGGACAUUUUUUUCAUCCAAGAACUAGAAAUGUAGCUGCCAAGUCGAUAGGUGAAGUUGCAGACUUGUUUGAAAAAACCAAGAAACCAAAUCCAAUAUUGAUGAUCCUGUGUGUCUCUGAUGAACUGGACAUCAGUACAUUGAAAGCAAUAAAUGAGACUGUUGAAUCAUCUAAUUAUUUAAUUAGGCUGCAUCCAUCAUGUUUGACGAAUAAUUACUUGAAAUAUUUAAAACAAAGUCAUCUUUGUAUUAUCCCCGAAAUUAACAGUGAAUACAGCUUUGCUGGUAUAGAAGCAGUAGCAGUAGGAGUUCCUGUACUGGUUGCUGAACAAUCACAAAUUGCAGCUUUUAUUGAAGAGGUGUUCGUAAUAAGCAAUACACUUAUUGACUGGCAGUCCAUGAUUGUGAAAAAUCCUUUGGAAAGUUGGGAAGUAGAAAUUAGAAACACCUUACUCUAUUUAAACCUAUCUUGGGAUAAAUCAGCCGAGUUGCGGGAAAUAUUCAUAACAAGUGACAUUAUAUCAGAAAGUUACAAAGAAGUGGUUGCAUUGCUAGAUGACAUACUAAUACAAGAUACAACUAUCAACGAGUGUCCAGAGUGUUCAUGCAAAUCAUGUUUGAAAUUAACUGUCCGCUGUGUCCUUAAUACAACCAAUUCAGAAUCAAGUACUCUGACCAGAAUCAAUCCAGAUAAUGUACAACAUAGUCAUUGGUUGUGGAAAUGCACAGACAUUAUCACUCAAUUAACAAUUAACAACAGGGAUUACCAAGAGGAAUUAGAAUGUGCUGUCCAAAACAAGUGUUCCGCUAUUAUCCUAGGAUACAAGGAAGGGAGUCUUAUAAUUUACAUUACAUUCCCAAAUCUAUUUAGUCUCUAUACCUUCCAAGGCAUUGUAACUUCCGGAACAUUGGCAAAAGAAUUUGAAAAAUUUUUAAUUUCUGAAAAAAUGAGAUAUGAAUCAGUUCUACUGAACAUCCCCUAUAUGUUGAAUAUAUCAUAUGACGAAGAGGAGUUCAAGUCACUUGUCAAGUACUUCAUCAAUCGAGAUGGUGGAAAUAGCAUUUUCAGCUACAUAAAUACUAAUGUUAAAGAUAGCGUUCGUGUUAAUAUUGACGAGUAUGAGGAAGAGUUUAUGUCUGUAGAAGACCUUCACAAUUUAAUCCUGAAAAAAGAAGCAUCUCAUAAGAAGAAUGUAAAUGACAGGCACCACACUAGCAUGAAAGAUGCAUCAUGUAGAGUGACCGAACAAUACUGUGAAGUGAAGGAAGAAUCAUCAUGUUAUCAGUAUAUAAUUAUACUUGUACUGAUAGUGCUCGUGAAUUUAAUAUGUAUAGCAUAUUUCAUUUGGUGGCGCAUUACAAGACCUCGUCAUAGCAGUAAGAAGAGUUUAUUAAAACAUGCUUGUGAGGAGGAACAGAAAAUAUUUACAGAUGCAAGAGUGGAAACUAUUACCAAGUCGUAUCUUAAUGAAGAACGUCAAGCAGGACUUGCAUAUCUCAAUUUGAUGCCCACUAGAUGGCCUUCAACAUCUGAAAUACAACUGUUCACUGAAAGGUUUAUCCAAAGCAAGCCCGCUGAUAAGAAAACAGUGCAACCCCAAUUUUCUGCCGAAGUUGCCUCAACAUCAACAUACACACAGUGUAACAUUUCAAUUGUCUUAAUAGAUACAGCUACAUAUGUGGAAACGGAAUUGGAUCUCAGCUAUGGAAAACAUAAAUCUAUAGAUUUAUCAAGACUUGGUCUGUAUAAACACCUGAGGAUUUUAAAUCUGAGUGGUAACGGACUAACAAUAGUACCACAAGAGAUCGGGGAAUGCCACGAAUUACAGAAAUUAAAUCUAUCGUUCAAUAAGUUUGCGAAGAUACCAGAUUCAUUGUGUGCAUUAGAACAGUUGACAGAACUUUACAUGGAAUCUAAUGCAUUGACUGCUAUACCAGAUGAGAUUAGUAAAUUGAAGAAUUUGAAGAUAUUGAAUCUAAAUAACAAUAACAUUGCGAAGAUACCAGAUUCAUUGGGUGCAUUAGAACAGUUGACAGACCUUAACAUGGGGUUUAAUGCAUUGACUACUAUACCAUCAG